UCGAGUCUUUACUGUCUCCUUUUCUCAUUGCAGGACCGCAACACUUUCCAUCGCUUUGACAAAUUCAACGCCAAAUACAACCCCAUUGGGGAGUCCAUCCUGAGAGAGAUCUUCAUCAAGACAGACAACCACGUACAGGGGAAAUACUUUGGACACAUCGUCAAGGAGGUGAUGGCUGACCUGGAGGAGAGUAAAUACCAGAACGUGGAGCUGCGUCUGUCCAUCUGCGGCCGCUGCAGAGACGAAUGGGACAAGCUGGCCCAGUGGGCCGUCAAACACGAUGUCUACUCUAACAAUGUACGCUGGCUGGUGCAGGUCCCACGACUCUUUGAUGUGUACCACACCAAGAAGCAGCUGUGUAACUUCCAGGAGCUGCUGGAUAACAUCUUCAUGCCUCUGUUCGAGGUCACCAUCGACCCCGCCAGGCACCGUGAGCUGCACCUCUUCCUACAACAUGUGGUGGGCCUCGACAGUGUGGACGACGAGUCUAAACCAGAGCAACACUGCUUCAACAUGGAGAGUCCUCCGCCAGUCAACUGGACUGUGGAAGACAACCCUCCUUAUGCCUACUACCUGUACUAUAUGUACGCUAACAUGACCGUGCUCAACCACCUGCGCAGGCAGAGAGGUUUCAACACCUUGGUGCUGCGUCCUCACUGUGGGGAGGCGGGGCCUAUCCAUCACCUGGUGUCGGGUUUCAUGCUGUCAGAGAACAUUUCCCAUGGACUGCUGCUCAGGAAGGCCCCUGUGCUGCAGUACCUGUACUACCUGGCUCAGAUCGGUAUCGCCAUGUCUCCUCUCAGCAACAACAGCCUGUUCCUCAGCUACCACCGUAACCCUCUGCCUGAAUAUCUGUCCAGAGGACUCAUGGUGUCACUGUCCACUGACGACCCUCUACAGUUCCACUUCACUAAGGAGCCCCUGAUGGAGGAGUACAGCAUCGCUGCUCAGGUGUGGAAGCUCAGCUCCUGUGACAUGUGUGAGCUGGCCAGGAACAGUGUUCUGAUGAGCGGUUUCUCCCAUAAGGUGAAGAGUUACUGGCUGGGCCCUCACUACAUCAAGGAGGGCCAGGAGGGCAACGACAUCCGACGCACCAACGUCCCCGACAUCCGCGUGGAGUACCGCUAUGAGACCAUGUGUGAAGAGCUUAACCUCAUCACCCAGGCCAUCCACACAGAGGAGCUGGCCAUCCACACAGAGGAGCUGGCCAUCCACACAGAGGAGCUGGAGGCCAUCCACACAGAGGAGUUGCAGGCCAUCCACACAGAGGAGGGAUCGCUAUGUAGGGGGCCUGUUUAAGGGGAGAGAGGAGGAGAGGAGGCUGUGUAAGGGGCCUGUUUAAGGGGAGAGAGUAGGAAGAAGGAGGAGUAAUAGGAAGAAGGAGGAGGAGUAACAGGGUAGAGGGCAACCUUCGUAUGGGGCCUGUGUAGGAAGAGGAGGUACGAGGAGCAGGGAGGAGGGGGAGGAGAAGGUGGAGGAGGAGCAGGAGGGAGCAGGGAA